AUGCACUCCCCAUAUGAUUCUGAUCAGAACCUGACCUAUCCCGUCACCAGUGUCACGCUGUCGUCAUCCAUCAUCGUGGGCAGUAAUCGACAGUCGUCCCCCGACCUGUCACCGUCAUCACGCGCCAUCGCGUGCGCAUGGGGCUUGUCUCCAGCUCUGGUUCCUUCUAGAACCAAUUCAAUCAGUCUGGACCGGUACAUGGAAGCAUGGGACACAUUGGGGCAACUUGUUGGAGUAUUUGGGAUCCAUAUGCAGCUCACAAUUAGUUCACAAACUUCAUGGCAGCUCAUGGAACACAAUGGGAAGCUCAAGUUAGCUGGAGAAGCUCAAGCAAUGGAGGUUUGGAAAAAAGAGAGUCUGCUUCUGUUAGCAUUAUGGAUCCUUUUCGCAGCAGUCAUCAAAGCGAAGGCAGUGCCCUAUGAUUAUACAGCCAGCAUUGAGUGUUUAGCACAACCUCACAAGGCUCAGUAUGGGGGAGGCAUAAUUAAGAACCCAGAGUUAAAUGAGGGCUUGAUAGGAUGGUCUACCUUCGGAAAUGCCUUAAUCCAACACCGAAAUGAUUCGAAUGGCAACAAAUUCGUUGUGGCUCGUAAACGAACCCAAUCCCUUGAUGGUGUCUCUCACAAGCUUUACUUGGAAAACAACAAGCUCUAUACCUUCUCCAGUUGGGUACAAGUGAGUGAAGGGAAAUCUUUGGUGAAGGCAGUAUUAAAAACUGUUACCGGAUUAAAGGUAGCUGCGGCAACUGUUGCCGAGUCGGAGUGUUGGACCAUGCUCAAGGGUGGCGUAACCGUGGAUGCCUCGGGCCCUGCUGAGCUUAUAUUCGAGAACCAUAACACCUCGGUCGAAAUCUGGGUCGAUAGCGUCUCUCUGCAACCAUUCACACAUGAAGAGUGGAACCGUCAUCAUGUUGAAAACAUUGAGAAGACAAAGAGACGGGUAAGAAUCCGUGUUGAUGCACGAGGGAAGCCGGUUGCGAACUCGAAGAUUUCCAUCGAGCAAAAGGUUUCGGGGAAACCCAUUGGCUGUGCUUCGAACAAGAACAUCCUCACCAACGUUGGCUACCAAAGCUGGUUCACCUCGAGGUUUACACAUACAACCUUUGAGAACGAAAUGAAAUGGUACAGCAAUGAGCCAAGCCGAGGCAAGGAAGACUAUACAGUCUCGGAUUCGAUGAUGGCAUUGAUGAAACAAAACAACAUUGCGGUUCGAGGACACAACAUUUUCUGGGACGAUCCUCAUUACCAACCCAGUUGGGUGCCCUCUCUCGGGGCAAACGACCUUUCGGCAGCUGCCAGCAAAAGGAUUAACUCAGUCAUGACCAAAUACAAGGGUCAAGUAAUCGGCUGGGACGUUGUCAAUGAGAAUCUGCACUUCAAUUUCUUCGAAAGUAAGCUUGGGGCUGAAGCUUCUUCCACGUUAUACAAAAUGGUGUCCAAUGUCGAUUCUUCGGUACCUUUGUUCAUGAACGAAUUCAAUACGCUCGAGGAGAAGGGAGAUGCUGCAUCAACACCGGCUAAGUACCUUGUGAAACUGAAGGAAAUUCAAGGCGUAUUGGGUGGCAAUGCUAAGCAAAUGGCGAUCGGCCUCGAGUGCCAUUUCGAUGUCCCGAACCUUCCGUAUAUAAGAUCAUCUUUGGACACACUGGCCGCCAUGAAGUUGCCAAUUUGGCUGACGGAAAUAGACGUGAAGAGCAACCCAAAUCAGGCGAUGUAUUUGGAACAAGUGUUGAGGGAAGGACAUGGGCACCCUGGUGUUAACGGGAUAAUAAUAUGGUCGGCCUGGCAACCGGGAGGGUGUUACCGAAUGUGUUUAACUGAUAAUAACUUCAAGAACUUGGCGACUGGGGAUGUUGUAGACAAGCUGUUGAAAGAAUGGGGGAUUAAGGCCAUUUUACAAGGCCAAACUGAUACCCAUGGUUUCUUUGAGGCCUCUCUUUUUCAUGGAGAAUAUCAAGUGCAAAUCAGUGAUCGUAUUGAAGCAGCCAAUUCUUCAUUGAUUCAGAGCUUCAAGGUGGAACCUAGACGUGAAUCCAACGACAAAAUUAUGCUUCUACAAGUUUCUACGUGAUGUAUUUUGCCGUUUUCC